UUGAGUUCUUAUGACAGACGUCUUAAAAUCGGACCAGUUUGGAAAAGCAAAGUUUAGAAUCGAUGUCAGAAAGCGACUGCAGUAAAAGCCAGUUCAGCGUUUUAAAUAACGUCAAUGUGCAUCCUUUUACAGACACCUGAACAAAAUGUUGUCGGUUGAGAAAUCAAGUUCCAGUGCUGGCCAGUGCUUAGUUACAGAAAUGUAAACGAAGCAUUAAACAAAUGAUUGGAGUGGGAUUUCAAGAACAAGAACUUCUGCACCACCAGAGGAAGCGAUAAGGCUAAACAUUAUUCCAUCUAUCGAAUGAACCAAGCAUGAGUAAUACGUUUGUAACACUGGCUGAAGUCCUAAAGGCCAGGAGGGGACCUCUAGAAGAACAUGAAAUCUGGUCACUAUUACUGAGGACUGCUGAAUCUUUACUGGAUGCAUCAUACAAAGGUCACAAAAACAUUUGUAAUAUUAUUUCCCCUGAGUCGUUACUGCUUUCAGCUAAUGGACAGCUUGCUUUUAAGAAUAAUCCAUUGGGAGAGGAACUGUGUACCUUCAAAGCUCCUGAAAUGCUUCAGGGUCGAGCAAGUACUACACAUCUGGCAAUAGAAAAGGUGCUUGUUUAUUCCUUGGGAAUGACUCUUUAUUGGUCUGUUGACUACCAAGUUCCUCAAAACCAGCCCAUGAAACUGAGUGAUCCACUGAAUUGCCUUUUGCUCAGCAUGUGUGAAGACAUGGCCCCGAGGAGAUUGACUCUGCAAACUAUUUUAGAAGUUUGUGAAAUACAUAAUAAAACAUCUGUUUUACACAAGCCUAGCAGGGUUAUCAAACAACUGGUGGAAGAAGUCCUUCAAAACUCAGUAGACCAUGUGUCCUUUUCAGAAAAUCCAGUGGCUGUGGGUGAUCAGACUCAAAUAAUCAGGCAAAGACUUCAUGGCAGUCACAGAUCUCAUUCAGGGUACAGUGACACAAGCCAUGCUUUUGGAGAAAGUUUGUCUACAGAUACAGAACGAAAGCAAGGAAAUACGCAUCAGCCUUCUGCUUGGGCAUCUGGCAGUAAAAGAUUAACAGCCAGCUUGUUUGUCGCAUGCCCAGACAGGGUCACGAUGGGGAUCCAGCAGAGUGCAAACAGUUGUGGUUGGAUGAGUAGAAAUUCCCUCUUGGAUGUUCCUCAUCACAAUGAAGUUGGGUCCCCAGGAACCACAGAUUAUUGUGCUAAAAGAAAAGCAAAGCAUUUAGGGCCUGAGUUCCUCCGAAAGCCUGGAGAACCACAAACAAGCUUGCAACUGUCUGGAUCAAUUGUGACAAAGAAAGGCAAAUCUGGUUCCUCUCAAAGGGAUCUCAGUGUAAUUAUGCCAAACGGACAGUGUAUUGAAUUGAAGUGUGAUAUCAAGUCUAAAGCUAGAGAUGUCUUUGACUUAGUUGUGGCUCAUGCAAAUCUAGUGGAACACUUCUACUUUGGUCUUGCUUUCAUUGAGGACAAUGAGUUUUUCUUUGUGGACCACGAGACCAAGCUGUCGAAAGUUGCUCCCGAAGGCUGGAAGAAAGCAGCACCCAUCCGUACUUUUACUCUCUUUCUUAGAAUUAAGUUUUUUGUGGAUAACAUCAGUUUCAUCCAACACGGACUAACUCGGCACCAGUACUAUCUACAGCUGCGGAAGGAUAUCCUUGAAGAAAGAUUGUACUGUAGUGACGAGACAGCUCUACAGCUCGGUGCUAUCGCUCUACAGGCAGAGUAUGGGGACUAUCUCCCGGAGGUGUAUGGGAAGAAUUACUUUCAGCUGGAGCAUUACAUUCCUGGAAGCGUGAUGGAAAAAAUGGCCUUGGUAUGCUUAAAAGAGGAGCUUCCAAGAUUACAUGCCAAUUAUAUCAGACUGUCUACUGAAGAGGCAGAAAAUGAAUACCUGAAGGUUUUGCAGCAGCUUCCAGAAUACGGGGUGCUUUUUCAUCGUGUUUCAUGGGAAAAGAAAGCUGUGCCAGGGCACUCGGUCCUCGGGAUAUGUGCCAAAGGCAUCAUUGUUUAUGAAGCAAAAAAUAAUUCCAGGAUUGCAAGCCUUAGAUUCCAAUGGCGGGAAACUGAAAGUAUUUCUUCAAGUAAGAGGAAAUUUACUGUGGAGAGCAGUUCAAGUGGGAAAAAACACGUUUUUCUCACAGAGAGCUCAAAGAUUUCCAAAUACCUUCUGAGUCUUUGUUCUGCCCAGCACAAAUUUCAAAAUGAAAUGCACUCUCGACAACUCACCCUAAACCCUCCAACAGAAGAAAAUAAAUACCCUGCAUUAGAAGAAAGCAUAUCAAGGUAUGCUGCUCGACACAAAGGACUAGCUCAAAGGCUGUCUUGCUCGGAAAGUGUGCUAAAUCCCUCCCAUCUGAACCCAACGCCAGGUGAUGUGAUGAGCAAGUCUUGUGAUGAUAUUAGUGUUGAAAUGGAGACUGGGUCUGGAGAUGAACCACAGAUUUGGAGCAUUUCAGAUGUUCUUUCUCACUUAGAAACUUACUCCUCAGUGCAAAAAAAAGAAGGACAUUUUGAUGGAGCAGCCAGUCAUUCAAGCCAACCUAUAUUAAAUGGUUCACAAAAUAAGACAGCUUUGCCAGAGAGAGAAAUUAUCUGUGCAACGCUGAAGAAGGACCCAAAGCUUGGCCUCGGCUUUAUAAUUGUUGGUGAAGACCAAACGGGAAAAUUAGAUCUUGGAAUCUUUAUUGCAUCCAUUAUACCUGGUGGCCCUGCAGAUAAAGAUGGCCGUAUUAAACCAGGUGGUAGGCUGAUUUCUUUAAACAAAGCAAGUUUGGAAGGAGUCACAUUUAAUACAGCUGCUGGAAUCCUGCAAAAUUCUCCAGAGGAAGUGGAACUUAUUAUUUCUCAAUCAAAAAAUCAAUUAACAGAAGAACAAUGGAGUAAGAAACAUAAGAUGCAAGGCAACCACUGCAAUAUAGAAGGAAAGUAUGACUCCCAAACAACAUUAACCACAGAGAACCGCUUAUCCCAGAAUGAACUUGAGACAAUAACACCUUGUUCUGGAACAAAAGUAGAUAUGGUUCAGAUCAUGGACACCCAGGAUGGCGCAGAAUAUGUGCUUAAAGACAGUGUAAAGCUAAGUGAAGUGUACUGUGUGGAACUAAGAAAAUCUGAUGGAAGCCUUGGCAUCAGUGUCACUGGUGGUGUGAACACAAGUGUACGUCAUGGCGGGAUUUAUAUCAAGACUAUUGUACCCCAAGGAGCAGCUGACCAAGAUGGGCGAAUCAGAAAAGGUGAUCGCCUGUUGGAGGUAGAUGAUGUCAGCCUGCAGGGUAUAACUCACAAGGAAGCUGUGGAGUGUCUGAAGAGAACAGGAGAGGUAGUUCAGCUGCUUCUGCAGAGAGGACAGCACACAGCCGCAGAGUGUCGCAGCCCAGGAACCAAGAGAGCGCCUGCAGCCUUUCAUGUCAGUCAGAUGAGAAAAGACAACUACGCUGCCGUUUCUAUGGCAACACCCUCGUCAGUCAAUGUCAAGGACUACAGCUUUGUGGCAGAUGAUAACACUUUUGAAGUAACGUUAAAAAAGAACAUUAGUGGCAUUGGUUUCAGUUUCCUGCAGAUGGACUCUCUUCCGGGGGACGGAGAGGGCAUUAUCAGAAUCAAAAGACUUUUCCCAGGACAACCAGCAGAGGAAAGUGGGAAGAUUGAAGUUGGGGAUGUCAUUCUUGCUGUCAAUGGGGAAUCAGUAAAGGGGCUGUCAUAUCAGAAAGUUCUUCACCUUUUACGGGGUGCCCCGGCUGCAGUGAGACUGUCUCUGUGCAGACCAGCUUGUGGUGCACUUCCAGAAAUAGACACUCAUGCAAUGACUCCAGCACCUUCUCCCAUUAAAGAGAUCAAAUCAAGAAUAGCUGCCUUCCAACAAACCGAUGUCACAAUACAUGAAUAUAAAUGCACCCUACAACAGCAAAACAAGGAGAGGACUCAAUACAGAACAGGUCAUUCCAAAGAACCAAGACAGCAGGAGGAUUUUACAGUUUCAGACUGCGACAGUGGCUCUGAGUUAGAUGAAGGAAAUGUCACUUUUUCACAUUGCAUCACAACUCCGCCACACCACGGUAGCCAUUUUCACCGAUUGAAAGGAAACACUUCACCAAUAUGUACUGCACUAGCUGAAGAUGUAAGACAGAACUGCUACUCAGAAUGUGAUUUAAAUCAAAUCUGUGAAAGCACAACAGAAGAGAUGGAUGAGGAAUAUUUGACAAUCAGCUCAACAUCUGUUACCCCACUUUCCUGUAGUUCUGGUACCCCCUUAACCCUGAUCCCAACCCCUCAGCCCCAAGCACUAGCACCGUCUCCUCAGGCUCAGGUUCAAGUGGAAGAGCCACUCAACAGCAGUGAUGAGUGGGAGGAUUUGGAGGAGGAAAAGCAGAAAAGGGGUUUCUCCCAGGAAUUUGAGCUUUCUGUCACAUUAGCCAAAUCUCACAGUGGCAGUUUUGGAUUUACUAUCACUCGAAGUAAACUGGAUGGCUGUUACUACAUUCGAGAUAUUCUGGAUAACCCAGCCAAGGCAGAUGGGAGAUUAAGAGCUGGGGACAGACUGAUUUUGGUGAAUGGACAGGAUGUAUCCAAUGUUUCCCAUGAAGAUGCUAUGUCUGUACUGAGAUGCACAACUGAUAAACUCAUGGUGACUAUUGGCCGAGUUGUCCAGAAUCUUAGGGCACCCCCCUGUCCUGAAAACAUUCCAGACAUUGUCCUUGUGAGGAGCCCGAGUGGACAGUUAGGUAUUAAGCUAACUGGAGGAAUUGGCAGCAAGUGGCAAGGCAUUUACGUUCUUGAGGUCGUUCCAAGCUCUCCCGCUAGUGGAGAAGGCAGUCUUCAGCCCAAUGACAAGAUACUGUACAUCUGCGGUAAAUGUACAAUGGGUAUGAGCUUAGAGGACGCUGUGAACGCUUGUGAGUCAGCCACACGGAAAGUGAAGAUCAAGGCUACAAGAGAUGAUCAUCCAGUGGUGCCAAAAGGAAAAUGGAAUGGAUUAUUUGACUGGAAAAAGGAAAUUAAACUAUUCCCUCAUUCUGAAGACCAGGGCCCUCUGAAACAAAAACAGCAAAGUGAAGACACAAAACAGUUGGAUGAAGAUACUUCUAACUCUAGACAAAGAUUAUCUAGCACUUCUGAACAUAAGAGCUAUAUAAUCCAAAUCGAAUUCAAAAAGCCGGAAAGAGGAGGCUUUGGAUUUGCUUUAGUGGGAGGCAACAAUGGAAGUGUGCUUACAGUGAAGGCAAUCAGUCCAGGCAGUGUGUCAGAUCUCGAUGGAAGAUUAAAAGUUGGAGACAUUGUAUUAGAGGUAAAUGAUGAUAUUGUGUCUGGCCUAAGUCACAGCAAGGUUGUUGAAAUACUGCAGAAAGCUGAGGGUACUGUGAAGCUCACUGUUUGCAGAAAUACACUUGCAGGUUCAACAAGUGAAAAUCAAACCAUGCAAACCACUUGCACAGAACAGCUGGUUAAUGAUCGUUGUGAAGGACAAGGAUGUCCUGCCGACACAGAUUUAAAAACCAUGCAAGCAUUAGAAAAAGAAGAAGCUGAGGAAUAUACUAACUCCAAUGUUUCAGUCACAGCUCAUCAGCAAAACUCCAGCUCAGCACUUUGUGCCCCAGAUAUACUUCAGCCCAAUACAGACAGAAGCUCAGGUCCUCGUUCAUACUUGGAUCAUGAAACUAAAAUUAAGGAAGAGAAAAACAGUGAUUCAGGUGGAUGGAGCAGUGAUGAGGAUCCACCUCAUUCUUCUCUUCGGGAGUUUCUACCAUCUACAGGCAAAAUGAUUGUGUCUGAAGAAGAACUCUCCCGUUUGUCUGUGGUGAAUCCACUCAGAAAUGGGCUGUAUUCUGGAUCCAGUCUCUGUGUCCUUAUUCAUAGUCUUCAGCAACAUCUUGAUCAACAGCAACCACAAAAGGAAUUUAUGGGCUUGGAACAUUUAAAACCAUUUGACAACUGCCUUGUAGGAAAAGCUCUUGAGAACAGAGACAAAAACAGAUACAGAGACAUCCUGCCUUAUGAUAAAACACGGGUCCCUGUUGGUGAAGAACAAGGUUAUAUAAAUGCAAGUUACAUCAAAAUGUCAGUUGGCCCAAAAGAGUACUGUUACAUUUCAUCUCAAGGACCCCUGCCUGGCACAACUGAUGUAUUUUGGCAAAUGGUCUGGGAGAAUAAAUCAGAUGUGAUUGCAGUGAUGACUCAAGAGGUGGAGCGUGGAAAAGUCAAGUGUCAUAAAUACUGGCCUGACCAACUCAACAAGCCAAUGGAUACAAACAAAUACCAACUUAUUCUGGACAAUUAUCAGAUUCUAGACUAUUUUCAAAUUAAAAUCAUUAGGAUGAUUGAAAAGGAAAGUGGAAAUACACACGUGGUGAAGCACUUGGCAUUCACGACCUGGCCAGACCAUGGCACUCCCAGGUCAUCAGAACACCUCGUAAGGUUCAUUCGCUACAUGAGAUCAGUUCAACGAUCAGGACCUGGAAUUGUUCACUGCAGUGCUGGAAUUGGGAGGUCUGGGGUACUCAUCUGUAUUGACGUUAUACUCAGCCUGAUAGAAAAGGAUUUCAAUAUUAAUAUAAGGGAAAUAGUGAAGGAGAUGCGACAGCAAAGACAUGGAAUGAUACAGACAAGGGAUCAGUACCAAUUCUGUUACAGAGUCUUGAUGGAAGUUCUGCAGGGCAUUCUGGAACUUCAUGGUAACCAACAGCAACAGCAAAAACUGUUUUGAUUGGUGUCAGUUUUAGUUAUUCCACAGUUUGCAAAGGACACAU